CGGGCAUGUCUGGCAUCCAAUGCUGUUCAACCGCCGAAGAAAUACGCCACGAUGAACGGUUCCUCCGCAGUUAUAGUAAUAUAUUCGACUUUUUUAAGAAUGUAUAGUUAAUUUCUGUAAGCGACCAGCCAACGAUGUACUGAAUUCAGAUGAUUCGUUACUGGAAGGUAAUAACGGGCUAAAUAUGAAGUAUUCAGGAUAAAACGAGUUAAUCUAAAAAAUGUGCAGUAGACUCUUUCCAAAGCACAGUUCGAAUUGUGCGCUGCGCUCGGUUUGAUGGUCACGCGGUCUCAAUGUUUGCCGUACGGCGGCACCGACUACGUUUCGUCGUUCGCCCAGGAGACUUCGUCGUACGACGGCGGCAGUGGCUACCAUCAAGCGCAGCAGCAGCAGCACGAACCGGUGGCGCAGGACCAAUACCUCGUGCACGGCGGCGGCGAACAUGACGACGAGCACUCGCAGGACCAACACGAGCCGGUGCACUAUUCGUUCCAUUACGACGUGCACGACCCGCACACGGGCGACGUGAAGAGCCAACACGAGACGAGGACCGGCGACGUUGUCACCGGGUUCUACACGUUGGUCGAGCCGGACGGCACCGUGCGCACGGUCAAGUACAAGGCGGACAAGCACAGCGGCUUUAACGCGGUGGUGGACCGCAAGAAGCCGGACUUCGACUUCGGCGUGCACGGUCAGCGCCAUCACUGACCGAGCUAAUAAUCUACAAGCGCCUACUGCAUUCCUAACAAUCCUUUUUCCGUACGAAACAUUCAUCGACUAGUAUGUAAGGCACCUGUAACGUGUUGACGUGGUGCGCGUACCCGUCGAAUGUGCGUCGAUUACCGCCCCCGCACGACGCAGCACUACGACGCAGUGAUUCGCUGUAGUGCAAUGUAAAUACACCCGUUUAUUCUGCAUUUGUUUACUGUCUGUAUCGAUUUUCGUUUUGGUUUUUUUUUGUAAAUAAUAAUAAUUUUCUUCGGUUAUAUAGUACAUAGUCUUGCGAACUACAUUUGUAAAUAUUACAAUACACUUAUAAUAGGUAAUACGACUGGAAAUAUUACACCGUAGUACUCGUACGUGCGCGCGGUGACAACGAGUACAAAAAAAAAUCACUGCAGACAUUUACGACCAUGCUGUGCGUAGGUGGGUAAUAAUGCAGAACUUAAAAAUUACUGCGGAAAUUGAUAAAAAAAAAAAAAAAAAAAAA